CUCUCUCUCUCUCUUUAACCAAUACAAUUAUUUGCAAAGUGUUUUAUUGUUUCCGUUGAACAAUGUCAGUUUUGGACGAACAACUUGUUCAUACUAGAAGUGAACUAUAUAUGGAAAUCAAGAUCAUAUGUGAACCACUUAUUAAACAUACUGGGUCUAUGACACGCGACUUUGGUAGGAUCGCUACAUCCUGUCUUACUGAACUAUUGCACAAACUGGAAAGUGUGUCCGAUCCUGAAGCAGUUAUUGAUCCUGUCCUUAUUGAUGCCAUCCUCUAUCCUCUUUUCCGAUUGUUCAAGGAAGUAGUCCAAGACUCUCUUUAUUUUGAUACCGUUUUUGAAGGUCUUUUACAUUGUCUACGUUUCCUACUGAACAACACGCUAUGGUCAUGUACAUUCAGCAAUUCCAUGUCAAAACAAUCCAUUGUACUCUAUACCAAUUGUCUUAAGCGAUUCAACAACAACAACAAUAACAACAACAAAAGCGAUAGGUCACUUACUUCUGGGGCGACAGAUUCUAUCAAAUUACUUGCAAUUCAAUGUAUUUCUGCUUCUUUACCAAUUCCUCCUUCUCGAAUAUCAACAGCAGCCAUUGAUCAACCUCAACACCACAACAUUCAUCUCUUACCAGUAUUAUAUUCUGAACCCUUCAAAUAUAUCCUGAGUGAGACUGUAUUAGAACUGCUUGCCAUUAUUCAACGUGAUCACGAUCUUACCUUGCGACUUGCAGCACUCGAUACCCUUCAUCAAUUAUUAUUCGACAAUCUACAAGAACCUGAUUAUCUCUCUCUUUUUUUACCAGGUGUGACAUCAACCCUAUGCAAAGUGAUAUGGCAAAAACAAGAAAAGGAGCAUCAUCAGGUGAUCAUCUAUGCACUGGAUAUUAUUAGCAAUAUGGUACAAUGUGUCAUGGAAAUCAGCAGGAAUAAGGAUUUUCUCGACAGUGUACAUUCUUUGGAAGAUUUGAAACAUAUUUGGCAAACAAUGUCUAUAGGCAAUGAAGAUGACGAAAAUGACAACAAGAAAAAGGAUGAUAUAUCAACAGGUGUAAACAAGAUUGAUAGUGGAACCGAUGAACAGCAAUCAACAAAAUCGACCAUUUGGACACAAGAACGGUACAAGCAAACGAAAGAGGCUCUCUACAACUUACUGAAAGGUGUAUUGAAAAUUUGCAAUCAUCCUCAUUGGGAAGUGCGACUGGCAUUUGUCGACCUGUGUUACAAAUUACUAAAGAAAUGUUGGGCAACCUUGGACAACUGUAUCCCUCUCUUUAUCAACACGGUAGUUCAAUUGGUGGAUGAUGAAUACCCUCAAGUGGCUUCGACUUGCAAACAGCACAUUAGCGAUCUCAAUUGUAUGUAUGACUUUGAAACUUCAUUGAUGCCUGAUUUGAAAGAAGGACUUUAUACAGCCAUGAUGACUCUACCUCAACAUCUGAUCUCUGGUGAUGAACAAAGCAAAUUAUAUGCCAUGCGACGAAUCACUGGUUAUACCUACUUUUUGCAACACCACGCUGGAACUGUUUUUGAUGCUGCACUCAAUCGAAUUUCAGACGGAUGGAUGGCUGCGUUGGAAAUCGACAAACAUAGUUUGAACGUACUAGAGGAAAAGCAAUCAACACGAUAUAUUGAACUUGGAGAUGAUGAAAUUUCAACACAAAAACAACAACAACAACAACUACAACAAGGACAACAGCGAUCGCUUAGGACAGUUGCAUUUCCAGCAUUACGAUUCAAACAUUUGGUUACUACAGCAACAGCUGAACAAGCGACACAUAUGCUCAACAUUAUAGCUCAGUUUGUACCUCUUCAACGAUGGCUUACUCACUUUAUGGCUUACAUUCACGUGGAUGAUGAGGAAAUAUCUUUAGAUCAAGUUCAACCUGAAGCAGCAUUCAUUAUACAUUCUCUCUUGGCUGGAGCUGUGACAAGUACGAUGACAUUACCUGGAUCUCAAACAACUGUGGGAGAAUUUAUACUCUAUGAUAACAAAGAAAAUAAUACUGGCGAUACUCAAGAAACAACAAAAACUACAACAUUGGAAUUACAGAAACAAGCUCAUCGUAUUUUGACGGACAUGACAGAAACAUUGACAGCAAUGACAACUACAGUCAACAAGAGCAAAGAGGCUAAGAAAUCAACAAAACUUACAACUUCUGGCAACCCCUCAACAACGAUAGAAUUGGAAGGGAACAAGGUGGUGACUAUAUGUUUGGGUUUACAAAUCAUUAGUUUAGCAGCUUAUAUUAUUGGUCGUGAUCGUACUGAAGAACAUUUGAUCAAAUUACUUUAUCCCGUUUUGGCACAUCUCGGCUCGACAAAUGUUUCAAUUCACACUUAUGCUCUGAUCUCACUGGACAAUAUUGCAAUUGUUUGUGGUAAACAAAAUGGUCGAUUGCUGGCAAUGGGAAAUAUGGAUUAUAUCAUCAAUGCUAUCUCACAACGUAUCUCCUUCUUGUAUGAAAAUCCUCAGGCUCCUUUGGUACUUAAAGCUUUGGUCCGUGUUGGUGGUAUUGAUACCUUGAACUAUUUGCAAGAUUCUGUGGAAGAAAUUUUUGAUGCUCUGGAUCGAUACCAUUUACAUGAUUGGGCAUGUCAUCAGCUAUGUGGGACAUUAUUUGAAAUUGUACAAACAGCUGCAGCAUCAAUACCAUCAUCAUCAUCAUCAUCAUCA